GCAAGACGAGGCAACAGCAAAGGCUGCCGAUGAAGAAUGACUUCAACGACGCGAGAAGAUAUUCAGCGGAGAGCGAGCUUUGCUCACAAUGGCAGGGAACUGGCGGGCCGAGGCUGAGAAUGGGAAGCUGGAAGAGAGUGGAAACAAGAUCGCUCUACUCCUCUCCCGUCUCACGGACCUCCUGGCCACGUGCAUUGCACAGCAGGAGGACAUUCACAACCUCGACGACGCGGUUCAGACAUACAAUCAGGUGUUUGACCAACUCACCCGCCGCCUCCAGCAGCUGGAACAAACCGUCGCCGCCCCCGUUGCCAGCUCUUCCAACACCUCCAAUCGCCUCGAGGCAUUGGAGAUUGACGUCGGAUCCCUCAAGGACGGCGUGCAGUUACAGCGAAACGCCACGCAACAGUUGGAGCAGCGGAUCUAUACUGCCGCCACUCACUCGAGAUCGGAACCGCGCGAGACAACGCCAAAGUUCGAUGAUCAGGAGAUCUUCUACGAUUCGACGAAGACGGACCCAAUUCCGUGGUUCCGUAAGUUCGAACUCAAGUUGCAGCUACACUACGUCAGUGAGCACAAGCAUCACGCGUACUUAUACUCCCGCUCGGGGGGCGCAUGCCAAGCAUGGCUGGACAAUCUCCUGACCAAGUACGGAGUGGUGGCUGCCGACUUGCAUACCAAGAUCAGUUGGGAUGAUCUAAAGGCGGAGUGGCAUAAGCGGUUCCAAGUAGAGCCGCCGGAGAUCAAGGCAAUGGACAAGCUGAUGGUCUUCGAACAAGGCACACUGCCGACUGUUGACUGGAUUGCCGAGUACCAACGCUUGACAUCCGUCCCAGACAUUCAAAUGGUCUUCAAAGCCAUCAAACACUACUUCAUCUCGAGGUCGUGUCCGGCGUUGGGCAAUGCCUUGACUCACGUCGAGGACACCCUGACGACACCAGCGGAGCUCUUCGACAAGGCCGCGCGGAUUAUUGUCAUGAACAAGGAGGCUAAGAACCUCCACUGUUCCGGCGACUUAUCGUCUUCAAGUGGUUCUUCACGGGAUUCGGCGCGUGAGUUCAACAUAGAGGUAUUGGACCCGCUCACGUCCGAGGAUUUCGCAUGGCUUCCUCUCCCGACCACAGGCCGCUUGCCGGGACCGCAAUGCGCAGCAYUAUCCGCUCAUCUUCACACGUACUUAUCCGUCUAUGCACCACCAACUUCGCCUACGGAUGACGAAGUCACGGUGGGGGACAUCCUUGCGUAUGUUACCAAGGUGGCCCGCGAGUUUUGCAAUCAGCGGUACGACGACAACAACGCACCGCUCCUCUAUGKCCGCAUCCAAGUUGGGCAAGCGUUCUGCAGCGCUUUGCUGGAUAGCGGCGCAUCUCGCAAUUUUAUGAGUCAGGCCUUUAUGCAAAAGGUUGGCCUUGGCGCACAAGUUCGAAGGAAGGUAAACCCGAUGGCGAUCAAGUUGGCGGACGGAAGGAUGCAGCAACUUAUCGACCGCGACAUCGAGGCCGUACCGGUGUAUUGUGCACCUCAUGCAUGCGAACCGGUGGCAUUCGACAUUUUGGACACGGACUUCGACAUUAUUUUGGGAAUGCCUUGGCUUGCAAGUGCGGAUCACACGGUCAACUUCCACCGGCAGACUCUUACCAUUCGGUACGCCUUCGGCACCAAAGUGUUGUGUACUAUUUCUCUUCCGCACCCUUCAAUUCAGUGCCAAGUGGUAACGGCCAAGUCAUUCUGGGCUACUUGCGCUUACGAGCAGCCCGAUGAGAUAGGCCUAUGCUUCCUAUGGACCGUCACGGUAGUCGAUUCUUCACCCAUGGACUUGUCUUCGGACUCCCGUGUGGUGCGGCUGCUUGACGAGUUCGCCGACAUCUUCGAGUCACCUACCGGUGUGGUGCCGGAUCGGCCAACCUCUCACGAGAUCAUUCUUGAGGCCGGUGUCGUGCCGCCGAAAGGUUGCAUUUAUCGCAUGAGCGAGGAGGAGCUUACGGUCCUCCGCGUGCAACUCGAUGACUUGUUGGACAAGGGCUGGAUCCGCCCUAGUAGCUCUCCAUAUGGAGCGUCGGUUCUCUUCGUACGGAAGAAGAACAAGGAUCUACGAUUGUGCAUCGACUACCGCAAGCUCAACACGCAAACCAUCAAGAAUUCGGGGCCUCUUUCUCGUAUUGACGAUCUUCUUGAGCGAUUGGGCGGCACAAAGUACUUCUCUAAGUUGGAUUUGAAGUCGGGAUACCAUCAGAUUUCGAUCCGACCGAACGAUCGCUAUAAAUCCUCGUUCAAGACACUGUAUGGGCAUUUUGAGUGGGUGGUCAUGCCUUUUGGCCUCACCAACGCCCCGGCGACCUUUCAAGCGGCAAUGACCAACGAGUUCCGUGAGAUGUUGGACCGGUUUGUGCUGGUCUACUUGGACGACAUUCUCGUCUAUAGCCAGUCAUUGGAGGAUCAUCUUGAGCACCUUCGACGAGUGUUGGAGACGCUCCGCCACGCCAAGUACAAGGCCAACUGCGACAAGUGCGAAUUUGUCCGGCAAGAGAUGGAAUACUUGGGCCAUUUUGUCACAUCGAAGGGCAUCAGUCCACUAUCGGACAAGAUUCAAGCCAUCCAAGAGUGGUCGGAGCCACGGAACGUCACGGAUGUCCGUUCGCUCCUUGGCCUUGCCAGCUACUACCAACAUUUUAUCAAGGGAUACUCGAAGAUCGCGGCCCACUUGACCAAGCUUCAAUGUGAGGACCGGUCGUUUGACUUCGGAGAGGAUGAGCGGGAAUCAUUUUGGCUCUCAAAGUCGCGCUAUUAUCUGCGGAGGUCUUGCGCAUAUACAACCCUGUGACGAACCAAUUUCUGUUCCGCACGAUUUUCUGUGCGAUGACAAUGAGGGGUCUUAAGAUG